AUGGAAGAAUAUUUAAGAAACAAAUAUAUGAAAAAAAAUAUAAAAAAAGGCAAAGAAAAGAAAAAAGGAAAUAUAAAAAUUUAUGAUUGUGAAGAAGAAGAAGAAGACAUAAAUGAAAAUGAUAUAUAUAAACAUAAAAAAAAAAAAAAUAUGGAUCAAUAUGAUCAAAUAUAUUAUAGAGAAGAAUUCGAUAAUUAUGUAGAAUCAGAUGAAAACGUUUCAGAUGUUCCAAUUACCAUAACAGACACAAAUACUAUGAAUGUUAUAGAGAUAUCUAAUAAAAAUAAAAAAAAAAUUUUAGAUUCCUUACAAAGUGGUCAUAUAAUACAAACUUCAUAUGAUAAAAAGAAGAAAAAAAAAAAAAGUAAAAAAAGGGAGAGCGAUUCUGAUAUGUCCAUUUGUAGGAAUAAACAUAAUGAUAAGAGCGAUUCUGAUAUGUCCAUUUGUAGGAAUACAAAAAAUAAUAAAAAUGAAAAGAAAACUCACUCAGGUUCUUCAUCAUAUACCAUUUCGACUUCAAGGGAAAGUAAUAAUUCUGAUGUAAAAUUAACACACAAACCUUCAAAUAAACAUGAAUUCAUACUACGUAAGGGAAAAUAUAAUAGUGAUGAAGAAGAAGAUAAGAAAUCUUCUUAUUCUAAAGAUAGUGAAAGUAAGAAAAAUCAGAAAACAAUUUACAGAGAUAAAAGCGGUAAAAUAAUAUCAAGAGAAAAAUGGAUUGAAGAACAAAAAAAAGAAAUGAAAUAUAAACAUGGAAAAUAUAAAGAUAAAAAAAAAAAACAAGAAGAAGAAAAAAAAAGAAAGUUAGAAUGGGAUGGUGGAUUAGUACAAAAAGAUAUAAGACAAAAAAAUAUCGAAGAAAAUGAAAAAUUAAUUAAGAAGAAAAAUAUUAUAAAUUAUGAAUUUGAUUCUGAUUAUGAUAUAGAAUUAAAAAUGAAAAAAAGAAAAGAUGAUCCCAUGAAUAUUUAUUUAGAAGCAAAGGAAGAAAAUCAAGAAAACAAAAAACUCACAUGUCGUUAUCAAUCACCUUACAAUCGUUUUAAUAUUCAAGCUGGUUAUAGAUGGGAUGGUGUUAUAAGAGGUAAUGGAUUUGAAGAAAGAAGAUUAGAAGCACAAAAAAUGAAAGAGCAAGAAAAUAAAUUAACCUACAUAAAUAAUACAGCAGAUUUGUGA